AUGACGGCGGAGCAGCCCCAUGUCCCCAGCAGGGUGUCACAGAGCACGGCGCAGAGCGGGUCCCCCCCGGCCCCGGGGCAGCCCCCGUGCGGUGGCGGCAGGACGGAGGUGACGCCGCCGGGGGCCGCAGCGCGCGGAGAGGGGGCCCUCAUGGGCGAGCUCUCGCAGCUGGUGCAGGCGGCCGUGAGGAGCAGCAGCUGGUGGGAGCGGCACGGUGUGGACAUCUGCAUCCUCGGCCUCAGCUUCCUCCUGCUGCCCGCCGGGUUCCUGUGCCUGCGGUCAGCCCACGCCACCCCCUUCCUGGCCGGCAUCGUCAUCCUCGGCGUCGUGCACCACACACUGACCGUGAAGGGCAGCCACCUGGCCAGCCACAACGCCCUCACCGAGUCCAAGGCCUGGGGCAAGGUGUGGGCCGUCUUCUUCAUCGAGCUCUGCUCAGCGUUCACGGCCGAGCAGGCCACCUACAACCACGUGAAGCUCCACCACGGCUACACCAACAUCAUCGGCCUGGGCGACUCCAGCACCUGGAAGCUCCCUUUCCUGAACCGCUACGUCUACAUGUUCCUCGCGCCUCUCGCCGUGCCCGUCAUCACCCCUCUUGUGGCGCUGGAUUUGCUGCGGAGUGUCAAGUGGACAACAGCUCUCCGGACCGUUUGCUUCAUGUUUCUGGGUCUUUAUUCCCACUACUGGAUUCUGCUCCACGUCUCAGGCUUCCAGUCUGCCUGGUCUGCUCUGCUCUGCAUGCUGGUCACCCGCUCCCUCCUUGCACAUCCCUAUAUCCAUGUAAACAUCUUCCAGCACAUCGGGCUGCCCAUGUUCGCGGCCGAGCGGAAGCCCGCGCGGAUCCGGCUCAUGAGCCUCGGCGUGCUCAACCUGCCCCGCAACGCGCUGCUCGACUGGGCCUUCGGCCACUCGCUCAUCAGCUGCCACGUGGAGCACCACCUCUUCCCCAGCCUCUCCGACAACAUGUGCCUGAAGAUCAAACCUAUCGUCUCCCGAUACCUGCGGGAGCAGCGGCUGCCCUACAACGAGGACUCCUACGCGUCCCGGCUCCGGCUCUUCCUGCAGAAAUACGAGGAGCUGAUGGUCCACGCUCCUCCCAUAACAGAGCUGGUCGGCAUCCAGUAAGCCCCAGCCACUGUGGCACCGUGGUGGCUUCGGCAGCAUCGGCACACAGGACACUCGCCUCCAUAAA